CCAGUUACCAGUACGAUGUCGCUCGUCUCUGAGAAUUGUACAGUGCUCUUUAAUACGGAUAAACAAACGUUGGUGGCCCAAGAGGAAAUAUUAAAACAGUUGGAAGACUCUGAUGACAAGGUUAAAGUCAAGGCACUUAAGUCUGCAAUUCUCAUGAUGCUCGGGGGGGAGCCGAUGCCAAAGAUAUUAAUGACUGUCAUACGUUUUUGCAUCAACACUGAACAUCACGAGUUCAAGAAACUGCUAAUGUUAUUUUGGGAAAUCGUGCCAAAGUAUGAUUCAGAUAAAAAAUUACGGCCCGAAAUGAUAUUGGUAUGCAAUGCACUGCGCAAUGAUUUGAAUCAUUCAAAUGAGUAUGUUCGAGGCUCAAUGUUACGAUUUUUAUGCAAGUUGAGAGAACCUGAAAUAAUAGAGCCGCUUGUACCAUCGAUCAAAUCUUGCUUAAACCAUCGCCAUUCGUAUGUCCGGAAAAACGCAGCUCUUGCAAUCUAUCACAUUCAUAAGCAUCAUGGACAAACUCUAGUCCCUGAUGGUGCGGAAAUUAUGGAAAAUUUUAUCAACGCAGAAUCAGAGGUGGGCUCUCGUCGAAAUGCGUUCCUUAUGCUGUUCAAUGAGGCAGAGGAGCUUGCAAUUGAGUUCUUGGCAACCCACGCCGAUGAAGUAGAUCAGUUCGGUGACGGGUUUGCCCUGCUUGUUCUAGAGCUGACACGCAAGGUUUGUCGCCGCGACCCACAACAGAAGUCAAGAUUUGUGCUCUUUCUAUUUCAGCUGCUUAGUUCUCAGUCUGCGGCAGUCAGCUACGAGGCUGCUUGGACUCUAGUGAGCUUAUCUUCCGCGCCGACGGCAGUGCGUGCUGCAGCGACGACAUACACAGCUUUGCUCUCAUUACAGUCAGAUAACAACGUUAAGCUCAUUGUUUUAGAGCGCUUAGCUGAAAUGAAAAAACGCCAAUCGAGGGUGCUGGCUGAAGUUUUGAUGGACAUGCUCAGAGCACUCGCUUCACCAAAUGUGGAUAUUUGCAAGAGAACCCUUGAAAUAGCAAUCGAUUUGGUCUCGCCGCGCAACAUCGAGGAAGUCGUUCACGUGCUCAAGCGAGAGGUCGUGCGCACUCGCGACUCAGACCUAGAAAACAGUUCUGAGUAUCGAGGAAUGCUGAUUCAUGCCAUUCACACAUGCUCCGUCAAGUUUCCAGAAAUUGCCGGUUCAGUUGUUCAUGUCUUAAUGGACUUUCUUUGUCUCGAGGGGGCUAUGGAUGUGAUCAUCUUUGUGCGGGCAAUUGUCGAGCAGAAUGUUUCAUUACGGGCGGGAAUGUUGGAAAAAUUAAUUAACACUCUAAGUGAAAUCAAGUCAUCGCCUGUUCUUGGCGUCUCCCUUUGGAUUAUUGGAGAGUAUAUUGAAGAUCAAGCUUUGCUCGAUUUGGGGUUUCGUGGAGUGGCGGAUCUACUAGGAAAGUCCCCCUUUCUUGUCCGUCUCUCUCACAAUGACAGCAUUUUACUAAAGACUGAUGAUGCAAUGUUAGAUACUACUACAGCAACAAAAUCUGUGGUUCUUGCCGACGGCACGUAUGCUUCACAGACUGUGGCUAUUGAGCCGCAGCCAAGUUUUGUGAGCGGUGACCCUGUGCUAAGGACCCUCAUCUCCAAGGGAGACGUGUUUUUGGGGACAGUCGCAGUAAACGCUCUGACGAAACUUGUCCUCAAGACUCGUACCAUUCAUGGUGAGAGUCAUCCUACGACAAAGCAGCGCCAGCUCUUGGUGCUAGAUGUAUGCUGUGGCAUAGCCGAGCUCAUCGAGCAUUCCACAGCAGAAAGUUGUAGUUCGAUGAAAAAUAGUCAUAAGGUGUGUUCUGCAGGUGCAGAGACGUUCCAGAAUGUUUGCCUGGGUGCAUCUGCGGACUGUCUUGAGCGUUUGACCCUAUUUGUGAGAUUAUUGUUGGAUGAUGGCAUAGAUCAUGCAAUUCUUGGUUCCUAUUUGAAUGACAGUAGACAGGCAUUUUCGCGUUAUCUGCGCUACACUUUGAGUGCAACGCCGGGAGCUGAAGCCGGUGGCAAAGCUCUACUUGUGUCUGCCCCGACGAUCGCGCAAGUGGAUGAUCUAAUUUCUUGGCGUCAACUACGCCAGGUGACACCUGCGAGCGGUGAAUUGGAUCUAUGUGAUGGCGAUGACUUGAUGCGUGCGACCGGGUUCACUGAGGGGGGGGACUCUGUGGGGAUGCGCCUUAGCCACGUCUAUCAGUUGGCCGGCUUUGCUGAUCCUGUCUAUGCUGAAGCCUGCGUAACUGUGCAUGAUUACGACAUUCUCCUGGAAAUUCUUAUCAUCAACCGCACGCCCUCGACGCUGACCAACCUAACAGUAGAGUUGGCCACCAUGGGCGAUUUAAAGCUCGUUGAGCGACCACAGUCUCUGACUAUUGGGCCACUGGCUCAACGAUCAAUUAAUGCAAACAUCAAGGUGUCAUCAACAGAAACUGGUCAUAUCUUUGGGACGAUAGUCUAUGAGAAUUCUUCAACUGCUGAAAAAACAUUUGUGAAUUUGAACAAUAUUCACCUCGAUAUAAUGGAUUACAUUAGACCGGCCUUGUGCUCUGACGAAAUGUUUCGCUCCAUGUGGGCUGAAUUUGAAUGGGAAAAUAAGGUAGCUAUAUCUACACCAUAGUUGAGCUUGGCGAUUUCUUGGAGCAUAUUGUUUCGAUGACUAAUAUGCGCUGCCUGACACCUCGCUCUGCGCUUGGUGGCACGUCUUCCUUCCUAGCUGCGAAUUUAUACGCAAAAUCUAUUUUUGGCGAAGACGCACUUGUUAAUGUUUCCGUGGAGAAAAAAAAUGACGCCGACGGCAAACUUUGCGGAUAUAUUCGCAUUCGAUCCAAAACCCAAGGCAUUGCACUUUCACUUGGGGACCGCAUCACUGCAGUUCAAAGGAGUAAUACGACAAGCAAUUGAAUUUGUGGGGCAGCUCCCCGGGCUACGCAGUUCCAUAGUGAAACGAAGAGAUAAUUGCAAUCAACCUCGCUGUCCUACAACCGUAAUCGGAUUCUGCCGAAGCUACAACAAUAACGAUCACACCGCCCGCAGAAAAUUCGACGCAACCUAGUUUGGCCGCACCCGGGAAACUCGACGCUUGUCAGGGAAGCCCGUUGCAGGAGCCCGUGGGUUUGCGCGGAUUGGCGGCGGGUCCAAUGUGGGCGCAUGUGGGGCCUCGUUCUUUACCACCGCGAGCCCGCGGGAAAUGCGACGCGUUCUACUUUGGGGCCCGGCCGGGGCCCCGGCGCCUGAAUUAAGCCCCCAGCUGCCGGCCAGCCGCCGGCCAGCCGCCGGCCCACAGGGACGAGAUCAGGACGAGAUCGGCAUCUUAAGUGAGGUUGCCGAGGCAGCCGGUGCUGAACCAGUGCUCGGCUAGAUGUUAAAUACGUCCCGCACCGCGCUUUCCAGGGGCAUACUCCCAACGCCUUUCGCUCUCUAGCCGUACUGGCGGCCUAAAAACAGCUCCAUAG